CAGAGGAUCCGUGGAUUUUCAUUUAUUUUCGUUCAUCACUCGUUCGCAUAUUCAUCGUGCACAAAAUGUCUUUCCUGGGAGUGACUUACGUACAUGACAAAGAUGAGAACUUCAAGGAAUUCUUGGCUCAACUCCCAAUCCCAGAAGAAAAGACAGAGGCAUUCCUCACAAUCAAGCCUAAAACGAAGAUCGAAAAGGAUGGUGACAGUUACACCAUAACCUCAACGUACCCAACUGGUGACAGAACCGCGACAUUCGAAAGUGGUGUCGAGUUCGAGGAAAAGAUUAGUGAUGAUCUCAGUGCGCAGACGACGUACACAGUCGAGGACAAUGUCGUCACUCAAGUACAGAAGUAUCCGGAUGGCAAAUCUAUAACUUACAAAAGAGAGUACAGUGACAUUGAACUCGUUGUGACCCUCACAUUCAGCGACUGGGAUGGAGAAGCCAAGAGAUACUACGUCGCCGAAUAAUUUGUAUUUUGUUCCCUUUAUGCUUAAUUUCUAAUGUUUAUGUAUUUAUUAUAACAAAUUAAAUAAUAC